GAGCGUCAGCGACUGGCCCACGUGUACUGUGUUGACUGUCAAAGUCUCAAGGCACUCUGUAUCCGGAAGCUCUGAGUUCUGACUGAAGUUCUCUCCGCCACCCCUGGCCCGCUGGCGAGUCUCCAACCAUGAGCUCCGCGGGCGUCCUGUCUUUCGCCCAGCAAGGCUGGGAGCAGGUCCUGGCCAAAGUGAAAUGGUCGGUGGUCUACCUGGACGCCGCCUGCGCAGAGAGCCUGCACUGGAGCUGCGGAUCAAGCCGGCUGCUGGAGGCGGUGAAGGGCCCUGCCUGCAACCUGAGGGAAUUUGAGCCCCAGGCAAUUGGCGGUGGAGCCCAGCAGCCCCGGGCGGUGUUCGUGUUGAGCUGCCUGCUGAAAGGCCGGACUGUAGACACGCUCCAAGACAUCAUUCGGCGCAGUCACUUUCAGUACUGUGUGGUGGUCACAGCCGUGAGCCACGCAGUCCACCUCACUGCUAACCAUGUACCAGCAGCCGCAGCGGCUGAGCUAGAGGGGCAGCAGCCUGUGUUCGAACAGUUGGAGGAGAAGCUAUGUGAGUGGAUGGGCAACGUGAACUACACGGCCGAGGUGCUGCACGUCCCUUUGCUCCUCGCCCCUGCUGCUCCCCACCUUGCCUUUACUCCUGCCUUUGCUACCCUUUUCCCUCUGCUGCCUCGGGAUGUACAUCUCCUUAAUAGUGCCAGACCCGACAAGAGGAGGCUGAUCAACUUGAGUGAAGUGGAUGCCACUUCCCUGACCCCAGAGCUGCUGUUGCACAUUAGAUGCCUGGUGUCAGGCCUCAGUUCUCUGUGUGAGCAUCUAGGGGUGCGAGAGGAAUGUUUCGCUGUGGGUGCCCUCAGUCGGGUUAUUGCUACAGAUCUGGCAAAUUAUGCCCCUGCCAAGAACAGGAGGAAGACCGCUACAGGCAGGGCUUCCGUGGUCUUUGUGGACCGAACUCUGGAUCUCACAGGAGCAGUUGGACAUCAUGGAGACAACUUAAUAGAGAAGAUCAUUUCAGUGCUCCCACAGCUUCCUGGCCACACCAGUGAUGUGAUGGUCAACAUGGUAGAGCUCACUGCUGUCCAGACCAUGGAGGAAAACCAGAACGUGAUUGCACCAGGCUGCCUUGCACAAUCCAAUGACACCUCAGGCAAGGCCCUCUGGGAAGCCUUAUUGAACACCAAGCACAAAGAGGCAGUGAUGGAAGUUCGGAGACAUCUAGUGGAAGCAGCCAGCAGAGAAAACCUGCCCAUCAGGAUGAGUAUGGGGAGAGUCACACCAGGGCAGCUCAUGUCCUAUAUUCAGCUCUUCAAGAAUAACCUCAAAGCUCUUACAAAUCACUGUGGGCUCCUACAGCUUGGGAUGGCCACAGUUCAAACCCUGAAGCAUCCACAGACUGCCAAGUGGGAUAACUUCCUGGCUUUUGAAAGGCUCCUUCUACAGAGGGUGUCGGGUCUCCUGGAGUUGAAGUUAUACAUGGUUUGUUGGUGCUGGGAAUCGAACCCCAGUCAUGCGAAGGAGCAGCCAGUGCUCUUAACUUCUGAGCCACUCUAGCACCCACACUGAUUU